AUGUACCGUGUAAUGUACAUGUACAUGUGCAUUAUUCUAUACAAAGUGACCAUCACUGUCUGCUCGAUCAUUCGCUCACGGGAGCCAAGGUUGUUAUCAGGUGAACGUCCCUGGUCGAGCAUCAAAAAACACCAAGAUAUGGGCGGGAGUAAGAUCAUCAAAGAUGCUAUCCACGGAUACAUUGAGAUCCCUGGCCUCUGUGUUCGAAUCAUUGACACGCCGCAGUUUCAGAGACUAAGGUUUCUGAAGCAGCUUGGCACGGCCUCAUUGGUAUAUCCUGCGGCGUCUCACAACCGUUUCGAACACUGUGUUGGGACAUGUUAUCUGGCGGGGAAGAUGGUGAAUGCCCUUCGAAGCCGCCAGGAGGAACUCGGAAUAACUGAGGCGGACGUUUUGUGUGUUCAGAUCGCGGGCCUCUGCCACGACCUCGGCCACGGCGCCUUCAGCCACGUCUUCGAGACGUUCAUGAAGGAAUCCGGGAAGAGCUUCAAGCAUGAAGAGAUGUCCUGUAAGAUGUUCGACCACCUCCUCAGCGAGAACAACAUCAUGCAGGAUUUUAGAAGAGCAGGGCUGGACGAGAAAGACGUUCGGUUUAUCAAGGAUCUCAUCGUUGGAGCAAAGCCUUCAGUUGAAGAAAACGGGAGAACAGCAGCCAAGGCUUUCCUUUUCGAGAUCGUUAACAACAAGAGGACGGGCGCCGACGUGGACAAGUGGGACUACUUCCUCAGGGACUGCCACGGCCUCGGCAUCAACGUGACUUUCGAGUACGAGAGGCUGGUUCACUUCUCCAGGGCGGCCGAGGUCGAGGGCGAGUGGCAGAUCGUCUUCAAGGAGUCGGAGGCGGAGAACCUGUACGAGAUGAACCACGCCAGGAUGAUGCUGCACAAGAAGGCCUACCAGCACCGCGUCGUCAAGAUCAUCGACCGAAUGCUGGUGGACGCUCUUCUGAAGGCUGACGAUUUUGUACAAUACACAGGAGGAGAUGGAAGAAGCCUCAAGCUGAGCGAAGUGUGCACCGACGUGGUGGCCUACACUUACCUCACCGAUGACGUCAUACACCGCAUCCUACGGAAGCCUGUCGGAUUCGAGGCUCUUGAGAAGGCCAGGGAGAUCCUGAGGAACAUCUUGACGAGAAACCUGUACCCCUACGUCGGCGAGCUGGAGGUGGACGCGGAUGCAGCGAAAGAGGCGAUAGACGAACUCAAGGAUAAGUUUCCCGACUGCGCGUGCCUGGAAAGGAAAGUGAGAUUUGGCAGCGAGGCAGGGAAUCCUUUGGAGAAGCAACAUUUCUACCGCCGAGGAAAUGCUAAUGAAUACAUAAAGUUGAAAGCGGAGCAGGUCUCGAGAAUGCUUCCGAGAGAGUUCGUCGAUGUCAAAUACUACGUUAUCACAAGGGGCAGCUGUAAUACUCAAGAGGUCAGAGAGUUCCUUGAGAGGAAAAGGGAAGCAACCGGAAGGCCUUGAAAUAAUGAAGCAUUGAAAGUAACAGCAAGACAAGAAGUAAAUCCAUAUCUAAUGAAAAAAAACACAGACCGACAGUCUCGUCUGCCGUGAUUCCACCUCACUGUUUCUUCACUGAUAGUAUUGCUGUUCCUCAAGAGACCAAAACACUGACAUCCUUUGCCCAAUCCCAGGAAAGGAAACACUAGCAACCACCCCUCCUAGACUCUGGAGAAAAGUAGUAAGAAGGAGAGCAAAUAUUGUGUAACUCCAGACAUAUUAUGUAAACACAAGUAUUAAGAGUUACCUGAUUGGAAUUAUUUUUUAAUGAUAAAAGAAAGAGAAAGCAGAUUGGAGUGGUCCAUAGUCCGGGAUGGGUUGAUGGUUUUGCUUUUUUUUUUUGAGAUUUUUGGGAUUCGCUAGAGUUCCACGAUUCACUAUCAAUUAUAAUAUGCCGAUUUUGAAUCAGGUUCUUCACACUGUUAAGCACCAGGUUAAAUGAGGCUUAAUGUCACUGAUUAUUCAGCUCAAGUUUUAAUGUUGAGUAAGAUUAACCAAAUUCUAUAAGUAAACGAAAAUAGUAUGUUUACAGAAAUAUGUACCCGUCUACGGACUAAUAUAAACUUGCUGUUCAUGUGCAUGUAUAGAUAUAAGGAGAAUGUAACACAAUAACAAUAAAUGCUGAAUGAUAA